AUGGACGCUGAAGCGAGGAGAAAACAUUGUGGUCUUUUGAUGUUUGAUGCUCCAACCGUGUCUACAAGAUCUCAAACAUCAAGGAGCAAUGACAUUAUCAUUAACACUAUGUCAACGCGGGGAGUUGACUCUUCCGCGUUAAAUAACAAUCUCACCUAUGAAUCCUCUCGUAACGCUGGUUCAAUGAUCAAUGAUUUUGACUUUCAAGACUGUACUUCUGACUUUUCUACUACCACGCGCGCUCUGGCCGCUGGAGCUGCUGCUGGUGAUGAAUUUAUACACCAAGGUUCUGGUGGUUCAUCAAAUGGUGAUGAGUCUGUUCAAAGAACUGGUCAUCCUCAAAAAAGAACCCCAAGGCCUCCCAAUGCAUUUAUUUUAUAUCGUAGGGAAAAACAACCUGCAAUUAUUGCCGCUAAUAGACAUCUCUCAAAUGCUGAAGUUUCUAGAAGAAUUUCAGAUAUGUGGAGAAGCGAACCUGAAGAAACUCGUCGAGAAUGGGAAAGAUAUGCGGAUCGAAAAAAACUUGAGCAUAUGCAAGCAUAUCCUAACUAUGUCUACCGUCCUAACAAGAAUAAAUCCAAAGUUGAUAAACGUAGACAACAACGUAAGCAAACGUCUCCAAGGGAUUCCGCUGACAAUAGGAAUUAUCCAGUCUCAACUGGUACUACCGGUCCUCACAGAAGAAAAUCAACAAGAAGUGGAAAUAAAAGCCCUGCAAAGUCAGAUUUUAAUGAAGGCUUACAACAAUCACCCAUUAAUGUGCCAUCACAAGAAACAAGAAAUGAACCCAUCCGAAAUGACACAGUACCCUCAAAUUCUUCAUAUUCAGUUCUUCCAAGUCCGGAGAUUCCCACAUUGGUGGAUCCCCCAACAGAAUAUGGAUCUCAACAACAAAUGAAUCCAGUUACAACUCAUUUACCACUAACGAAUAAUAUAUGA